AGUGUUCCCCCUAGUCGAGACACGGUGACGUUCGCGGCAUUCGAACGUUUAUAUAAACCUUUUCCGUACCGUUCCCCAAAACAAUCGAACGAAAAACACUUGGCGGACCGCUUUUCCGAACCGCCAGCCGAUAAACAACUCGACGGUUUCGAGUUUCCAUUUUUUCCUGUUCUUCGUAACGAUUUUCCUUUGCUUUGUUUCUGUCACCAAUUUUCUUUUUGACCAUUGACCGACACAUGUGGUAUUUGUAAGUUCGAUCGAAGAGUAUAUAUUAUUCGAGGUUCGGGAACCGUUUGCAGCCGUCGUCCAGUGAACUGUACCCGCGUGUCUCCAGAUAAACGAAAGGGGAAAGAGACCGGAAACGUUGAAAAACGGUAAAGCAGACGAGCCACCUCGCUAUUAUGGCUUCGACAGGUCCAAUUGUUCUGGUUCAUCGUUCGAUGUGAUGUGACAAUUAAACGCAAGGAGAAGAAUGGAUUUAAAAGAAUUAAUGAAGCAAAUAAUACAUCAAGAACAACCAGAGACCAUGACUUUUAUAACUGGAAUAAACAAGGUCAAGACGCGCGAGGAUACCGGACAAUGGAGUUUGUUUGACGAGCAAUAGUGGCACUUUGAAAUUGAACCUCCUCGGGGACUCCGUCGGUAGUGGUUGUCGAACGUCGGCAAAACGAAAGCGCGGCAAACACCGUUCCUCCCUGUCGGUCCUUUUAUGCAUACUCCGCUCCGCGAAUAUGUCGAAGUACAACAUUCAAGAAUUCGACCUCGAAACGGGGAAGCAGGUACAGCUGACCGGCUACAGCAACGCCGCUUUCGAAGAUCCACUUCGAAGUGAUAACAACAAUCCCGAUCAGGCCAGUAGUCUCGAUAACAAGCUUAGUAGCAUCCAUGUUUGUAGCAAGGAAGACAAAAUGGUGAACAACGAUGUUUCAGCGCCCCCUGAGAAGAACCUAUUGUGCACCCUGGGAAGACGGUGGCUGUACCAACGGAUCAAACGGUCCUGCAAGAAGAAGAUACUGUAUAAGAGGGUGCCUCUCGUAGCUUGGUUGCAAACAUAUCGCAAGGACUACAUAGUGAACGAUCUGGUGGCCGGUAUUACCGUCGGCCUUACCGUUAUACCGCAGGCGAUAGCUUACGCGAACAUUGCAGGAUUACCUCUACAGUACGGUUUAUAUUCUUCUUUCAUGGCUUGCUUCGUGUACACCAUCCUAGGAUCCUGCAAAGAUGUGCCGGUCGGACCAACCGCAAUUAUCGCGAUCUUGACUAGGGAAACGUUACAAAAAUAUGACUUAGGGCCUGAUUUCGUGAUCUUGUUGACAUUGGUGUCUGGCUGUGUGUGUUUGCUGAUGGGGAUCCUACAAUUAGGUUUCCUGUUAGACUUCAUCUCGGGACCAGUCUCAGUCGGAUUUACCUCAGCAGCAGCGAUCAUCAUCGCAACUAGCCAAGUAAAGGACAUCCUGGGCAUUCACAUUACCGGUAGCAAAUUCGUCGACGUAUGGCGGAAAAUAUUCGAGCAUAUCGGCGAGACAAAGCCCUGGGACACCGUGUUGGGCAUCACGUGCAUAAUCGUUCUCCUCCUCCUUAGAAAAAUCAAAGAUAUAUCGGUGACGGAGGAGGGUACGAAAAUGUCGUCGAAGAUGCGAACGAUCAUGCAGAAAUCUCUCUGGCUGAUCUCCACGUCUCGAAACAUGCUAGUGGUCCUCGUGUGCGCGGUCAUUUGCUGGCUGCUGGAAAACCAUUUUGGUUCCUCGCCGGUGGAACUAACUGGUCACUUGAAACAGGGACUUCCAGAAUUUCAGUUGCCACCGUUUCAAACAGUCCAUAAAAAUGAAACGUAUAAUUUCGUUGACAUGGUCUCCAGCCUUGGCUCCGGAUGUCUAAUAAUUCCUCUGCUAAGCCUUUUGGAAACCAUCUCUAUCGCCAAAGUGUUCAAUGAAGGAAAACCAAUCGACGCGACUCAAGAAAUGUUGGCGCUGGGGGCGUGCAACGUCGUCUCGGCUUUCGUUUCUUCCAUGCCCGUGAGCGGCGGUCUCAGCCGUGGAGCUGUGAACCAUUCGUCUGGCGUGAAAACCACAAUAGGGUGCAUAUAUACCGGCAUUUUGGUACUUCUGUCGCUUCAGUUCCUCACCCCGUACCUUUACUUCAUCCCCAACGCCGCUCUCGCAGCCAUUAUCAUCGCCGCGGUCAUCUUCAUGGUUGAACUGCACGUGGUCAAGCCUAUCUGGCGAACUAAAAAAAUUGAUCUCAUACCAGCGGUAGCUACAUUUCUAUGUUGUCUUUUUAUAAGACUCGAACUAGGUAUAGUGAUCGGUAUCGGUAUAAACGUCUUGUUCCUGCUCUACGCUUCAGCGAGGCCGUCGUUACGCGUUCAUAAAGAUACGAGUAUAAACGGUUGCGAGUAUCUUGUCAUAACGCCCGAUAGAAGCCUUGUUUUCCCGAGUGUCGAGUACGUGCGAGCUGUGAUCAGUAAACAGGGUACCAAGCAAGGAACUGCAGUACCUGUAGUCAUAGAUUCAACGCACAUUCAAGCAGCAGAUUUUACAGCCGCGAAGGGCGUUAAAAAUUUAACAGAAGAUUUCUCGAAACGCGGACAACCCUUAAUCUUUUAUAAUUUGAAGCCGAGCGUAAUCGAAAUUUUUAAAGGAGUGAAACCGUCUGGUUUAAGGUGUAGUUCCAACGAGUUGGAGCUUAACGACAGCCUUAAAGAAUUGUCCAACGUUUCGGCAGCUACUACGAACAGGUACCGAUAAUACUUAUAUGUUCGUAAGAAUUCCGUCCUGCGACUACUCUUUUUUUAUAUUCUAAUCAUCAGUAUUAUAUUAAGACGAAGACGACCAACUAUAUGGAUAACAUUGUUGUUAGGAAAGUAACAUUAGUCGUUUAUAUUACUGUUAUGCCAUGUUAGUUUACCCUUCUGUUUAGAAAACAGAAAAAGUCUGACCCCGCAAAUUUAUGUAUGCACUUAUACUUAUGUAUGUAUAAUGAAUGGAAACAUUGUUUCUCUCGAAACUGUAUCGAUAGCCUUGAGCUAGUACUUAAUUUUCACCACAAAAUGUGGUACAUAUGCAUAGAUAUUAUUGAAUAUAUCUAUAUACAUAUAUAUGGAUAUACAACAGUAGUUCUACAUAUUUUUUUAUACAUGGAGGGUGCUCAGCAACAAAUCAGAUAAAAAAGUGAUUCUACACGACGAAAUAAGAACUAUUUCAAAAAUAGUGAAAUUGUCGUAUCAAUUUGAUGUUCAAAUUAUGGGAAUACUAUAAAAAUACUCGUUUACGUAUCGUUGAACGACAUUGAUCCUAUUAAUUUGCUGAAAUCCAUUGGAGUCUAUUAACACAUUUACGACCGCUGCCGUAGUUUACUGAUGUGAACACAGUAUAUUAAGUAUAUUCAGAUACCUCAUUUACAAUUUUGUAAAUUUUUAACGGGAAUAUUUGUUUGUUUCGAUCAACAAGGUAUAUGUUCGACAUUUUAAAUCAAAAUCAUUUUCAUGGUUCUUUUAAUAAUAAAAGUUUGCAGCAAUCAACUUUAAAAAUUUUUCAUUUCAGCCGGCUUUCAAUUAAAGGAAGAUAAAAUAAUUGCCUGUCACAAAUGUGUUAGUACUCAUCGAUACACAAAUUUAUUUUGAACGAUCAUCAAUAUACACAUCGCUAUUAUUUUUGUAAGCAAGUCCCGGUGAACUUAAGUAUGAACAUAACAAUUUACUAAAAAUGAACUGAAACCAUAAAUAAAAUGAGAAACGUAGACUGCUUUUCGCAAUACAAAUAUUUUCGAUUAGAGUCCAUAUUCUCAAUGACAACAAACCACAGUUAUGUACAGUGCAUUACUCACAUGAGCCAAGCCGGCCUGCGGCUUAAAAGUGCAGAAGAGCAAGGGGAGACGUCCAAACUCGCGGCGCUCAGUCCAAUAGUAGUGAAGGAAUUAGUUUCGGCACUGUCCCCUUGCCUUUUUUUACUUUUGAGUCACAAGCCAGCUUGGGUCAAGUGAAUAACGCACUGUAGUUUAAUCGUAUAUCAUGAAAGACUCUUUUAUAUGUAUAUACAUAUAGGGAGGAAAUGCAUCAUACACACUUCCUUUAUUAGGAAAGAAUAGUGUGGAACUCUCACCCACCAUGACCUCUCUGUUAGUCUACUACGUACAUAAGUAGGAUAAAGUAGACUCUACUUUAUCGCAGGAGGCAGGAGGCGUAGUACUACAAAGAGUACCACCACCCGCCCCUUGCUGUGGGCCCACAAUUAUAUUAGUAAAACUGAAUUUAAACUAUAGUCAUACAUAUUGUGAACUAUAAAUCCACUCGUCAUUUCUGCUUAGAUAAAUAAAUAAACACUUAUUUUCUAGCAACUUACAUGCGCGAUUAUUUAUUAUUUUUGGAUAUCACCGCUGAUAGUCGGGAGUAUCCAAAAUAAUAAUGUGUAAGUAAACAUACACUAUAGAAUACCGUCCGUCAAGCACAUUACGAAAGACUGUAAAGUAUUAAAGAUAAGAUAAUAUUAUUUAUGCAAACCACAAAAAUGAUCAAUUAAACCAGAAGUUCGCAUUUUCCUUAGGAUGGGUAUAUUAAAAUAUUUUUAAUUAUCUUGUUAAAAAACUGUCCUCCCUUAAGAAUGUUAGAUUUCUUUUGCUUUAAAUAAAAAGUUUUUUGCUCUGCCGAGGUAAGUACAUAUAUAGGUAGUAGGGUUCGGAAAAUUUAUUGCCCGCAAUUCACCGUCAGCAAUUAAUCGCUAGCAGUUUACCGCCGCGUCAGUUUACCUCAUAAACAAUUUAUAGCCUACAAAUGAUCGCUAGCAUAUUUUACCGUCUAGAAGCAAUGAGAUGUGUUUAGUUAAAUCAUAAGAAGUUAUUUUUUAUUUAAGUGUCUGCCUUAAGCUGUAAUUAGCAUAUUUUUGGAAUUCUAUGAACUAUGAGGGAAUAAUACGGAAAUUAAAAAGCACAGCUAUGGAAAUACGUAAUUAAAUAGGUAGAUUAUGUAUUUAAAUAGUUACAUAUUAAAUUAUAUAUUAAAUGUAAAAAACGUGUUCUUUUUUAUUUUUUUUGUCUCGAUAUUAUAUUUUUUGUAUAUACUCACAAUUUCUUAUAGACAUUUAUCAGAAUAUUAAACAGAAUUCGCAAUUUUCAAGUACAAUACAAUAUGAAUACUAAGAAUGUACACAAUUUACUUGUAUAAUAUAAUAAAGGAAAUUUGAAAAUUCCCGGCAACGUAUCUAAAACUCAUUCAAAUCAGUGGGGAAUACACCGAACUAAGUAAUUAUUGUCUGUCGUAUUAUAAAAGAGUACUAUACACAUAAUCUAAUACAACAGUAUUUACAUUUUCGAGAUGCCAACUAUUACAAGUGUUAGUAAACAGGAUUUUAAAAAACAGUAAAUCGACAAUGUUUUAUUUUAUUAUUUAAUAUAUUUAAUGAUUUAAAUAUUAUUCAAAAUUUCUAUUGAACUUAAUGAUGUUGUGCUGCACAUUUUGUGUAUCCCUGACUUACAGAUAUAAGAAUACGAAACCGUGAUUGGCGGUUUGUUUUUGUGACGUAAUGUUUUUCUUUAAUUACUUUGGUUAAUAACGCAGUCUAUCGCUAAUUUCGUGUCACUGUCCGACGUCAAUGACCCCAGACGCUUGAGUUUCAUUCAUUUACAAUUCACACUUUUCAGUUUAAAUAUUUAUCAAAAUUUAGUAAAAACUUUCCAUUGAGAAUUCAGUGUAACAAUUCUAAGAAUCCAGUAGAAGUAAAAAAAUAUAUUAAUAUAUUUCUAUAGGUUUCAAUAAGCAAACAUAUUUAGUAUUGUACAAUUAUAAACAAUACAUUUUCAUUACUUUUGAUUUUAGGUUUUGCUUGUUGUGUAAAAUUAGUUCCUAAAAUUUGUCAUAUCAGUUACCAAACAUUAUUAUACACAUUUACUUAGCAACAUUUUCUUAUCUUUAAUAUGUUUUAUAAAUGUACAUUAUUUAAAAUAUUGACAAACAUGAUUGACGUUUACAUUUAUAAUCAUGUAGAUAUAAAUUUCUUCUUUAAGAGACAAAUAUUUUUAUACAUAAAACCGUAAUUAUCUUAACAAAUGUUUCAAAUAAAAAAGGCUAGAUGGUUUUACAUACACUCCUAUUUUUGAGGUUGACUUAUUUUGUAUUAUUUUUUUAAUAAACAUACCAUUUAAUUUAUCGUGAGUACUCUUGCUCCCAUUGCAGGUUGUGCAACAUAAAAUGUUGCAUUACCGGAAUACCUAUACAAAAGCAAUAUUUGUAAAAACAUUUUUGGUCAGUAUAAUUAACAAUACUGAAAAGAAACGAAGUCUCACUUGGCUUUAAUAUUAUCAAUUACUUUGGUGAUCAUAUCUUUUUCUACUAAAGAUACUGUACAACCACCAAAACCAGCACCAGUCAAACGACUCCCCAAAACACCCUUCACUUCUCGUGCUGCUGAUACUAAAGUAUCAAGUUCAAUCGAAGAAACUUCGUAAUCGUUCUUCAAUGAAUCAUGACUUUCAUUCAUUAAUUGUCCAAACUUCCUGAAAUCUCCUUUUUCUAGUGCAUGUACUGCCUCAGUCGUUCUUUGGAUUUCUGUCACUACAUGACGAGUUCUUUUUAUCAUAUUUUCUGGUACAUUUUGUAAUUGCAAUACUAAAAAGAAAAGUAAUUAAAGAAAAACAAAACAAAAAUAUUAAACCUUCUAUAGUUAAUUAAAUUAUUCUUGUUUAAUAUUAAAUUUUCUCUAUUACAUUCAAUAUCCAUCACAGAUGCUUCACGCAAACUCUUUUUAGUCAAUAUUUCUGCAGCUUUAUAACAACAGUCUCUACGUUCACAGUAGGCACUGGAACUUAACUUAUGAGGAGUGUUAGAAUUAGUAAUGAGAAAAACAUAAUCAUUUAUUUGUGACAAGGGUAUUUGCUUUGUACUAAGAUCUUCACAAUCGAGAAGAAGAGCAUACCCUUUUUUUCCCAUUACAGAAAUAAAUUGGUCCAUUAUACCACAAGGAACAUUAGCAAAAUCAUGCUCAGCACGCUGACAUGCCAAAGCCUACAAAAUAUUGUGUGUUUACUUUUAUAAAACAUUAAAAGGAAAAUAUAUAAAGUAGAAAAACUGAUACAAGGAAAAAUUACUUAAAAAUCUUGUUACUUAUACCUUAUCUUCAGGCUUCUUUGCCUUCAUUCCAGUUAAUGUUUCCAAAAAUGUAUAUGUAGCUACUUCUAAAGCAGCUGAACUGCUAAGACCAGCGCCAAUUGGUACAGAUGAUACAAUUACAGCAUUAAAACCAGGCACAUCGCCUAAAAAUUAAUAGGUAAUAAAAAUUUCUAAUAAUAUAAUUAUACAGAAAUAAAAGCAAACAGUAUAUCAAACUCACAAAGAAAAUUU